AUGAAUACACAGAUCAGUGAAGGCAGAUAUGGAUCACAAGAUUAUGGAGCAAUAGCUAAAGUACUGAUGCACAAGUAUAAUUCUUGCACUGAGAUAAAACAAAAGGAGCUACUCAAAGAAUCUUUUGAAGAAGAUGGUUACCACAAAGGUCCCAAAGAAGUGGUGGUAUUGAAAGCUACAAAAGUAUUUACUUAUGAUAGUAUAAUGAAUAAAAAGAUGUUCCAUGCCACAGUGGCUACGGAGACUGAGUUCUUCAGAGUGAUGGUGUUCAAAGAAAACCUAGAGAUAACGUUCACCCCAGGAAACAUCAUUGUUUUAUCAGAUUAUUUUAGUAUCUCUGGGUCUCUGAUGAUACACCAGUAUUCCACUGUGUCUGAGGUGAAUAGCCAAAAUGAGGAAAUCUCAAGCUCAUCAGAUGAAAGCCGCAUACCACACCUAAAAAUUUGUGAUCUUCACUUGCAAACAAAAGAAAUGCCUGUGGAUGGAAAGUUUAAAGUAUACAGGAAAAGUACCAAGAAUAAUUGUAUAUGCUAUGGAAUUUGGGAUGAUACAGGAGCAAUAAACUUGGUGGUAUCUGGACAUCUGACCAGUGUCAACUGUGAGAUUGGUGAUACAAUUAGAUUUGUCUGCUUUGAAUUGACCUCAUAUGCAGAUGAGUGGUUUCUGAGAGCUACGAGGUACAGUUACAUGGAGGUCAUCACACCUGAAAACUGA